CCCAGCCGGGACCAGCAGCUGGAGCCCAGCGCAGCGCCAUGGGCUCCAUGUUCCGCAGCGAGGAGGUCUGCCUGGCCCAGCUCUUCCUGCAGUCGGCCUCGGCCUACGCCUGCGUCAGCGAGCUGGGCGAGAGGGGGCUCGUGGAGUUCAGAGACCUCAACCCCAAUGUCAACGCCUUCCAGCGGCGCUUCGUGGGUGAGGUGCGGCGUUGUGAGGACAUGGAGAAAACCUUCACGUUUCUGCACCAGGAGCUGCGGAAGGCAGGGCUGGCACUGGGGCCCUGCCCUGAAAGCCCCCCGGCCCCUCUGCCCCGUGAUGCCCUGCACAUCCAGGAGCAGUCUGAGCAGCUGGCCCAGGAGCUGCGCGAAGUGAGCCGCAACCGGGAGUCGCUGGGCGGACGCCUGCGGGAGAUGCAGGAGUACGCGCAAGUCCUGCGCGAGGGGCAGCGCUUCACCGGCCAGCUGGCAUCACUGGGCUCCCCCGCCCGGCCCCGCGCCCUCUCGGACCAGGAGCCCCUGCUCAACCCGUCCACGGCACCGCGACUCGAUGUCAAAGUCAACUUUGUGGCGGGCGUGAUCCACCCUUGGCGGGUGACCUCCUUUGAGCGGCUGCUGUGGCGCGCCUGCCGCGGGUACCUCAUCGCCAACUUUGUGGAGAUGGCGGAGCCCAUGGAGGACCCAGCCACGGGUGAGAGCAUCACCUGGGUUAUCUUCCUCAUUUCCUACUGGGGGGAGCAGAUCGGACAGAAAAUCCGCAAAAUCUCGGACUGCUUCCACUGCCACGUGUACCCCUACGCCGACAGGGAGGCCGACCGGCUGGAGGUGCUGAGUGGGCUGCUCGCCCAGAUCAACGACCUCACCACGGUGCUGGGGGAGACGGAGCAGUACCUGUCCCAGGUGCUGCAGAAGGUGGUGCUGACGCUGCCGGCCUGGCGCGUGAAGGUGCAGAAGAUGAAGGCCAUCUACCUCAUCCUCAACCAGUGCAGCUUCAACGUCAUUGAGAAGUGCCUCAUC